GAGAGCAGUGAACUGUGAUUUUGGAAAUAGUUGUGGGUGUCCAUAUCAGAAGUGAAAAUCGUCUAGUAAAAUGUAUCGCUACCAAUAUAAUUAAUCGUCUUUACAAGGUCAAACAGAAAGGCUUGUGGUCGCCAAGGGGAACCAUCGACCAAUCCAUAUUGGAGAUAAAGACCGGCUCCUAUUUGCGCUCUGCAUCUGAAAACGACAAUUCUCCAUUGCCAUGAUAACUCAUGCGAAUUUUUCAUGGGGAGUAGUCGACUAUCGGCGUGAUGAUGGCUACGCUAUUCAGGGCCGCGGAGACAGAAUGAAACCGCUCAGCCGAACGCUUUCAUGAAGAGAUUGGCUGUUGGAGACUUCAUCAGAACAUGCCAUGCAAGACAGCAUAUCAACGAUUCACCAUAACAUGACAUGGAUAAACAUCCGUGGUUCAUAAUUAAUCAACCAAACGCGCACCUGUUCGGGAAGAAUCGUGGAGUGUUGCCAUCGGUCUGAGCAAUGGCCGCUCCAAGAAGAAUUCAUCUCACCGCCCUCUCAAGCAAUGCACACGUUCCUCUUCCCACCGUCCCCAAUGCCAGUGACCAAGCUGUCAACCAAGGUUUACCUGCGCCGACGCCAGCGGUUGGAUCGCCCCCACCCGCGCAUCCUGCAACGAGAGUGGAAUUAAAACUCUUCGAGUCGGACGAACAAUGCUGCCCGGAGUUUAGCUACCCAGAUUUAAUCAGCGCAAAAGAAACCACUGAAAAAAAGAAACCACAAACAUUAGAAGAGGUGACGGAGGGCAAGGAGAGAGAUGAACUGGAGGCACUUGCAAAAAAGUUUGAAGCAAAAUAUGGUGGAGCUGGCAAAAUAAAAAAAGACAGAUUACAGGACCUGGUGGAUAUGGGCUUUGGUUAUGAUGAAUCUGAUUCAUUUAUUGACAACUCUGAGGCUUAUGAUGAGCUCGUCCCAGCUUGUCUCACCACCAGAUAUGGAGGUUUCUACAUCAACUCUGGAACUCUGCAGUUCCGGCCAGUCUCCGAUGAGGAAGAGGAGAACGAGAAUGAUUUUGAGAACAAUGGUUUUAAACCUAAGAAAAGGAAGCUUAAGCAAGGAAAUCCCAAGAAAAUUGGGAAGAAAAAGAGAGAGGAAGACAUGCUUGCUAAAAAGGAAGCGGGGGAAGCCAAAAAGAGUACCCCACCAAACAAAUCAUCUGCAAAGAAGAAGAAAAACAAGAAACCGCAAAGUAUCGAUAAGAUGCUGAAGAAGUUCCAUAAGGAAAAGCUUCAGCAGCUGCAGAUGUUCAACGCUACAGAGAGAGAUUUGCAUGCUCUCAGUGACACUGGUCUCAUUAUACAAGCUAAGGUUAAAGAACCGCCCAUAUCAGCCGACCCUCUUCUCACACUCAUUGGUUCUGCCAGUGCAGAUGACCUCCUUCAAGCAGUCAAAGCAGCAGAGCAAGACUUUGACUUAGAUGGACUAUUGGGGGAGCCGCAGAACAUCGGCUCUCCAAUCUUCGAAGAUAACAGAGAUGCUCUGGUAGUGCCCGUCGAUGAGAAACCCCACACAUUACUUCCCGAUGGCCUGCCACCUACACUAGAGCAACACAUUAAAGAAUUUUCACAGGCUGUCAAGAAAAUUGAAGGACAAAACAAGAUGGAGAUUUUGUCUUCAGAGCUCAAAAGUGUUCUUCUAGAUGUGGAGGUGAACUCUAAACAGCUUAGUGGGAAAGUACGAUCCACAAUCUUCUCAUACUUGGCAUCACAGAUGUCCUGCAGCAAAGGCACUCUGGUCAAAAGAGCCAAAAAACUCCACAGUCUCCAACAGGAUAAACAGCUGCGGGAGCUGCUGAAGAAGCUGGAGAAUGCGGUUGGCAGGUCCAUGCCUGAACAGAUCACCCGUUUCCAGAAUCACUGCCAAGCUUAUUCUGAAGCCAGAGCUGCCAAACUCGAGGCUGAGAAAGAGAGGGUAAUUGAUGGUUCUGAUGAAGAAGAAGAGGAGAGGAGUGGAAAACGAGUGUUUGGGCCUCGCAAGAGGUUCAGAUGGAAUGAAGAGAUCAGGGAGUUGCUCUUUGAGAUUGUGAAUUUGAAGAUGAUUAUUUAUGACUCAGAGUCGCCUACAUGCUCUAGUUUGGAAGAGUAUCUGAAAGGAUUCCUAGAAGCUGAUGUUAAACCACUUUGGCCUAAAGGAUGGAUGCAAUCUAGGAUUCUGCUUAUAGAAAGCCGAAAAGCACAUGGCCAUAUCACUGGUGUUGUGGCAAGGAAGAAGCCAAUGGGUACAACAAAACUAAAAAAGUUCAGCGCCAUCCCUGAGGACAGUAAGAAUAACCCAGAAACUCAGGGUCCACCAGCACUGAAACGCAAGCGUCUGAGUGUACCUGCGAGCAUGCAACCUGAAGCCACACUGAGCACCACUGCCAAAACGCCAUCAAACACACAAACCUCUGCCACUUUUUCCACCCACCCAUCUAAUCAGAGUCACAAGGAAGGUAACAAGAUUGAGAACCAUCAUACCAGCACUCAGAGAAGUCCGGUGACCGCAGAGGGGGCUGGAUCAGUCCAGAUGAUGUGGACCAAGUCUGCUAUGGAUUCAGAUUCAAAGCGGCUCCAGGUUGGAGAGAGGGCGGCUCCAAAACUGACUCUGGUGGCGCCACCGUCAGAUGGUGCUCAGGGUGACUGUCCAUCGGUGGUGCAGGGAGUGGCCAGACUGCUCACUACCACCUCAGUGGGCGACACCCCUGUUUCUAUGGCAGCAGCAGCUGGUGAAAUCUCCCGUGGGAACCCAGCACUUCCCACCCCUUCUCUAUCACUCCUUCCGUCCUCCUACCCCACCACAGUACAGCCGGGGGUCUUACCGAGCUUUGCCCCCCUGCAUGCUCUCCCAUUCCCUGGGCUCAGCCCUGGCACCAAACUCCCUGGACAACCUCAGGCCUGCAAAGGAGCUGUUUUUCCUGGCCCAGCACCUGGAACUUUCCAGCAUGGUCUGGCACACGGUAACUCCAUGCUGUGCUCUAGCACAGUUCAUCUUCUGUCUGUCCCUGUUUCUUCUCCUGCUCCUCUUCAUUCUUUAACACCAUGGCUCUUUGGUUUAGAUGGAAGCCAGAUCCACACAGAUGGACUAAAUGCUCGGAGAAAACACCAUUAAUGGCCAUUAGGAUGAAACAAAAGCCAGCUGUUACCUACAGCAAAAUUUGCCACUUUUCCUAAGAUCAUGAAGAUGGAGCUGAUAUGAUUGAACAUGGAUUUGAAUUCUAAUUAAAAGAGCAGAUUAGGAGACAUUUUGUUUGUAUAUUUUAGAAAUCAAAACUCAACUGAUCAAGAAUGGGAAUAAGGAUUAUAAUGUAAUUAUUUUGUUUUUCACAGUAAUGAGAUUAUAAUUUGGAUGAUAUGACCAGCCAUGUGAACUCAGUGCAGUGAAGUGCACUUGUAAUGCACUUACUUUAAGGCAGAUACUUGAGUGAAUUUGUCUGUUGUUACCUUUUCAAUUGCCAUUUCUCUCUCUCAGAGGUGAUCUACCAGUGAGGUUCCACAAUCCAAACAUUUAUGAAAUGAAACGAACAACAAUAAAUUCCAGGUGUUGUGGGAUUUCACACUACAGCAUUAUUUUUAAGAACAUGUUUGCAAUGAAAAUGUAAAGUAACUCUGAAUCUGUUGUACUAGUCAAAGGCAGAGAUUGCACUUUUUCUUGUUUUGUUGUUGUUGGACUGGAUAAUUAAAAUGAUGCCAGUGUUAUGAUCUCAGGGCUGUUAAGUACAAUGGCUGAGUUAUUGAGUAAUGCUGCAAAAUAUGUAGAGAACAUGAACCUGCUUUUUUUUUGAACAUACUGAAAAAUUACUUUGAAAAAAAAUAUUUGAAGGUAAUGUGGAAAAUAAAGUUUCCUAAAAUAUUA